AUGGAUGUUUCCAAAGCCACCAAAUUUUUUGUCUCGGCGGGACGUCGAGUCAUCACCAUUGGUUUUGCCUUGCUCAUAUUAUCAGUGCUGGCAUGGGCCUACAUCCAGGGCAUCCAGCUGGUCUCUGACCAAUACCACAUCAUGGCCUUUGGUCUCUACGGAGCCUUCCUCACCUUCCACCUCAUCAUCCAAAGCUUCUUUGCUUUCCUGGAGCACAAGAGGAUGCGGAGGAACUCUCUGUCGUGCAGCUACACCAAGUCGGUGGCCCUCACCAUCUCUGCUUACCAGGAGGACCCAGCCUACCUCCGGGAGUGCCUUCAAUCGGUCAAGGCCACCCUGUAUCCUCCAGAGAAACUCCGGAUCAUCAUGGUGGUGGAUGGGAACAGCAACGAGGACCGAUACAUGAUGGAUAUGUUCCGGGAAGUCUUCGCCGGAGAAGAUAUGGGGACUUUUGUUUGGGAGAACAACUACCACCAUCAACCUCAGUUGGAUAUGGAGAAUGGGGACGGCGGUUACCAUUCUGGGGAUGAGCCCUCUCAGUACACCGAGAUUGAUAUGGAACAUCCCGGCCAACUUGUGGUGGAAGAACUAAUCCGCACCAAGAGAUGUGUCUGCAUCAUGCAGAAAUGGGGCGGGAAGCGAGAAGUGAUGUACACGGCGUUCAAGGCCCUUGGGAAUUCAGUGGAUUAUGUUCAGGUAUGCGACUCUGACACCAAGUUGGAGCCCGAAGCCACGGUAGAACUGGUGAAGGUGCUGGAGUCGAACGAACGCUAUGGGGCCGUGGGCGGCGAUGUCAGGAUCCUCAACCUUUCCGACUCCUACAUCAGCUUCAUGAGCAGCCUGCGCUACUGGAUGGCUUUCAACAUUGAGCGAGCCUGCCAGUCCUACUUCAACUGCGUCUCCUGUAUCAGUGGCCCCUUGGGUCUGUAUCGGAAUGACCUCCUACAGCAAUUUCUGGAAUCCUGGUACAAUCAAAAGUUCCUUGGAACACACUGCACCUUCGGGGAUGAUAGGCACCUCACCAACAGGAUGCUGAGCAUUGGCUACGCCACCAAAUACACAGCUCGUUCCCGCUGCUACUCGGAGACCCCGUCCUCAUUCCUACGUUGGCUGGCUCAGCAAACCCGUUGGACCAAGUCCUACUUCCGGGAAUGGCUCUACAACGCCCUCUGGUGGCACCGGCAUCACCUCUGGAUGACUUACGAGUCGGUGGUCUCCGGCAUCUUCCCCUUCUUCGUCACGGCCACUGUCCUGCGGCUCUUCUACGGGGGCAACCUCUGGGACGUGCUGUGGGUCUUGCUCUGCGUCCAACUGGUGGCCUGUGUGAAGGCUCUUUACGCCUGCUGGCUGAGGAGUAACCCGGUCAUGCUUUUCAUGUCCCUUUAUGCCGUCCUCUACAUGGGAGGCCUACUUCCGGCGAAGUACUUUGCCAUCUUGACCAUGAACAAGAGCAGCUGGGGCACCUCAGGACGGAAGAAGAUGGUCGGCAACUACAUGCCUCUGCUGCCUGUUUCCAUCUGGGCUCUUCUUCUGCUGGGAGGCCUGAUCUACACUAUCUGCCAAGAAGCCUUGGCCGACUGGACCACGGAAGCCAAACAAACAGAGAUCUUGUAUUUGCUCAUUGGCUUGGCCAUCUAUUUGGGCUACUGGACAUUCAUGGUCAUGCUGUACUGGGUAUGGAUUCAGAGGUGUUGCCGGAAGCGAAUGGACUUCUACAGCCUCAACGUAUGA